GGUACAGGCAGAGCUCAACUGGUCUGAUACGCUGUUGUUUAUUAAGCAGACUAUUGCUCCUGGAGACGAGGAGAUGGUACACAAUAUAUUCACCUCUAAUAUUCCACGAUCAGUUAGACAAGGAAAUUUGAACUUGUGAAUGGAUCAUAGCUGGCGAGUGACACUGUACUCCCUGUGUCCAUCUCAGUCAGCUUGCUAAGGGACUCUGCAGCCGGUGCAGCUUGUAGGGGGUGGGCUGACUUUGUCCGCGCUGGCUUGCAGGUGGUGUAAAGAAGGCUCGGAAUGGCCAAACUGGGAAAGGCCAUGCUUCUCGUGCCGCUCAUAAUUUUAUUUUUGAGAAUCCCAGCCGUCAAUGCAGGAGACGAGAGAACAGUUGAGAGGGAAGCUGUCCUGAAAGAGCUGAUUUCACUCUGGCGCAAAAGUGGGGGGUGGUAUCCCCCCAGGGAACAGCCAGCCAUAGUCAGAACACAGGACCGAAAGAUUCAAACCGCAGUGAGAAAUAUUGUUGGUGGCCUGAAAACACUAGGACUGCUUCCUGCAAAGAGCAUAAGCCUCCCUCGUCUUGGAAAAUCUCUGGACAGUAACCGGCUCUCAGGAUUCCUCUACAACAUCUCCAUGUACCUACAGGGUGCAUCAGCAGAGUGGGAGGACAGGCCGCAGUUCUCUGAUCGGGAUCAGUUUUGGGAAAAACUGCUGUACUCUCUCCUCCAGCCUGAAGGGGGCAGCACACUUGGGCAGUGGGAUGGGAAAAUCCCACCCAGGCCCAGCUUUAGCCUCCAAGAUUUCUUCCUGUCACUCAGGGGCAGCCCGCACUGGGAUGGACUGCUGGGAUUGGUGCAGACCAUUCUUAGCAUCUCAGAGCGGCAGCCACCCAGGUCCUUCCGCGACUUCCUCUCGCAGAACUGGAAGACCGUGAGUGCCCUUUUGGAGACUGUUCUCCAGGCCCUCAUCAGUGGGACCUAUGGGCAAGCCAGUGCAGGUGUCCAGGGGUUCAUCUGCGUUUUAAAGGGACGGAGUGACUGCGCAUUCAACACAGGUUGGCUGCGGCAGCUCAUGAGCUUUCUGGAGACGCAGAACUGGAAGCCCGUGGUGAAUUUCCACUCCGCAGGGGUGAACAGAGACCAGCAAGGAGGCUCUCCUUCUUUUGGACGCUUGAAGCCCUUCAGCAUGCUUCCCGGGGCUUUAAAGGAAGAGAACCUGCUGACCAACCAGACGCAGCACGACACAGAGGAUCUGGACACCAUGCAGAGCUUCCUUCUCCAGGCACUGUCACGGUCCACCACCGGGGAGAGGGUGGGUCAGGCUGCUGAGCCGAACCCUGCACUUGUACAGGGAUUGGACACCUUGCGGCGGGGUCUCCUGCACAGAUUGGGCAGCUCGGUAUAUGGCAACCUGAGGAGGAAGGUGUCGCGUGUAACGGUCGCACUGCUGGAUGAUGUCUCCAGCCUCGUGGACAAGCCACAGGGUGGUCACCAGGGGAAGUGCUCAGUGGGUGACCUGAGACAAUUAAUUCUGUGGGGUAUCAGACAUAACCUGACCUGGAACGCACAGGCUUUGGGUUUCAAUUCGCAGGGUCCCCCCAGCAGACCUCCCUUCAUGUCCUGCUCCUCCUCUGGUGAUGAGGGCAGGGCCUCCAGACCCCGGCCUCCAGCUCGCAAGCCAAAGUCCCUCCUUCCCCAUGUGCUGAUAGGCGAAGACGGGGACCAGACAGAGGCUGGGUACCCGGCCUCAGCGGAGAUCCUGGAGGCUGCCUGUAAUGAUUCCAUCCGAGGGCUCACUGGGGUCUCCAACUUCACAGUGUUUCUCUACUGCAACCUUUUCGAUGGACACGGUGGCGCUCUGGACUCUGAAUUGGUGCACGUCGGGCCGGAUCUGCAUGCCACGUGCUCUGAUGCGGCUUGGUACCUGUCUGCGGCUGAGAAAGAUUUUUUGUGGGUGCACGUGUGCAGUGAGUUUUUUGCACAGGAGUUCAACAACACUGUUUGUGCCAACUCAUCCUUCUGGCUCCAGCAAGCCCAUAAGGCAGCAAGGCAGAAGGACUACCAUUACAUCAAUCAGUCCAGCAUUGAUGACCUGUGUGUUCAAAUCUCCAGUGAAGCCCCUGGAGGCACAGGUCCUGAUGCCAGUGAGGACUGCCUGGCACAGCUAGGUACCCGGUCUCUGAGUGCCCAGGGCUUCAGGAGGUGUUUUCUGCCCAGCAACACAGUCCUUAUCACAUCCCUGUGUGGAAACGAGUCUGCUCCACUACCCCAGGAGGGGAGCUGGGUGGCGGAAUAUUGCUCUAAAGUUCUCCACAAUUCCUCCCACGUCCAUCUUUCAGCGGAGGCUUGUAACUACAAUAACUGGACACCGGAGUCUUUCACCAACUCAACACUCCUGAAGUUUUGCGGGGGCAGAGAGGGGCUGCAGAAUCGCAUCUGUCGCAACGUCACACUCUAUCUCCAGCUGGUCGUCACCCACCACUGGCUGUUAGACUUCUGCACUGAUCUGGGAUCCAAGCCCGAGGAUACCAAGUGCUUUCUACAGCGGGUUUUUGACAUGCUGCCCGCCCCGUACGACUUUGACACGUCCCAGCUCUGUGUGAACCCUGCCCCCUUCCUGUUGGAGGCGCUGUACAGGCUGAGUCAGUGCGAGGGGGCGGUGGAUGAACGGGUGGGCUGGCUUGGCACUGUGAGCUAUGUGCUGCGUGUCCUGGACUUUGUGGUGGGGCUGUCCGCUGGGUUGGAGGAGGGUGAGAGCGAGGUCCGGCAGGGGCUCGGCCAGGCCAUCCUGCUCUCCAGCCUCCUGGACAACACUUCUUUCUGGGCCACGCUCCGGCCCAACGCGUCUCUGAGCGUGCUCCAAACGGUGGCCGUCUUUCUCAAGAAGGAGCAGAACCCAUCUCUGAAGGAGGACCUCCUAAGCUGCUUCAGUCCUGUACUAUGGGACCUCAUUCAAAAGGAUGACAACUCCUCUGCACUCAAAGUCCUGCUCCAGGAGUACCUUCAGAUGCCCAGAGAAAGUAUCCGCACAAUGCUGAUGUCAGCGGAAAAAGAUGCUGUUAAAAGGUUCCUAUCACAUAUGCACCAGAGCUGGGACCAGCUCCAAGUGGAUUCUACUCAGGCAUCUCAGAAGGAACAGCAGGCCAUGGAGACAAUGACCUCGGCCUUCAUCCACAAGUUCCCACGUGUCACCCCAGACCUCUUCAUAGACCUCUCUCAAUUCAUCCCCUUCAUGUCUGUCUCUGACAUCAUGAGCUUUCCAGCCUCCUUGAUGGUCAACGACAGUGUGUUAAUGGCUAUCCGUGAUCAUAGCUCCGGCAUGAAGUCUCAACAGAAACAGGCUUUUGUGAAAAGACUCCUGCAGUCUCACGUGUUGGGAGAGGUCCCUUCCUGGCCACCAUACUUUCUGAGUUCCAUCCUGCCGCUGCUCCCUCACCUCCCCGUCUACCAUUUCCAGCAGCUGACAUCCCAGCAGCUCAGCCCCCUGGUGGAGGCAUUGGGGAACAGCAGCUUGGAUGGCAUAAGAGGACGCCAUGUCCUUCGUGCUGUCUUCAGUAAGAAGAACCUCACCAGUGAUGAUUUUCUGAGGUUGGGCGUUUUAGGGUGUUAUCUGAACCCAGAGGAACUGCAUCUACUUCUGUUGACCUCCCCCCUCUCCCAACCUCUGUGGCAGCGAUUGGCUCUGUGUGUUUCGGAAGGCCUCAUCAGUCCCUCAGGCAGGCUGUCUCACUGGCUGCUCCAGGCUUUGAAGCCCCUGAAUGCCAGUGCCCUGUCCUCACCAGCACUGACGUCCCUGCGUGGACUUCUGCCCCUUCUUGGAGCCUCUUUCUUGGAGCCAUUCCCCUCUCCCCAGGUGCUGGAUCUGCUUUCUCAGCCAGGCAUGCCCAGGUAUCCCCCUGCACAGGCCUUCCAAAUACUGUCCAGCCUUACACAACAUACUAAUCUUAGCAUGGACACACUAUGCAAGUUGAAGCCCCUGCUCCCAGGCCUGUCUCUCAUAGCCCUGAGGGCCCUGACCUGGCCUGAGCCUGGGGAAGCCUCUCUCUGUCAGUGCUGGCGCCCCCUGCUGGUGGACCUCCAGCCAGCCCACAGAGCCAUGCUGUACGCCACACUACAGCAGGCCCUGGACCAUACCCUGUCGAACAGCUCUCUGCAGCUACGCUGUGUUCUACCUUUCAUUCCCCUGCGGAGACUAGCUUCAGAAAUAGACGGAGCGACGGUCCUGAGAGACCUCCCACUCUACAAACACCUGCCCUGGUCCCCUCAGCAGGCUCAAUUACUUUUCAAGAAGAUCCUUCAAGCCGAAAACAUUACAAAAGAAACUGCUGCAACCUUAGGGAACAUCGCUGGUGGCAUGAGCUGUGAUUGGUUAAGACUGUGGGCCAAUGAGUCACACUUUUCAGAGCUGGUGCAAUUUAUCAGUGAACUGCCUGGAGAAAUCAGACCAGCUCUGCGGAAAUGUGUCACAGAGGAGCUGCUCAGACGACCAGAGACAGAUAUGAAUGUUCUCUCCCCAUCAUUCUCUGCGAGAUUACCGGUGAAGAUGAUCGAAAACCUCUCCAAUAUUUCUCUGGUAGCGGUCCUGGACUACAUCCAGCAGAACUUCGAUUCCUUCCUGCGGCUGCCCAGGCACAAGCAGACAGUACUGGCUGAACAGGCACUCUCUGUCCUGGGUGUCGCCCUGGAGGACAGCAUCUCGGGGGCUGCUCUGGACCUCCUGGGUCCCCUUCUACCCUUCCUGGACAGGGACACGUUCGGGCGGGUGAAUCGAGAGGCCCUGAGGCUGCGGCUGGAGGACCUGAAGGGCUACUGCCUGCCGCAGGAUGUCCUGACGGAGGUGGCCAAGGUUCUCACAGACAGGGGCUUGUUUGGUGAGCCCUCAUCCUGGACCGUGGGUGAAGUGGAACAUGCAGGCAGGCUGGUGUUUGCUCUUUCGCCCCGGGAGAUCACCUCGCUUCCCCUGGGUGUCCUCAGCACAGAGACAGUGGAGCAGGUCCUGGAGGCUGAGAGGAGCUGGGAGGACAGUGAGGUGGGCGGGGCCUGCGGGAGUCCACAGGAGCACAGAGACAAGAGGGAGAGCCUCCUGCAAGGGAUCGUCAAAGGGAAGGGUGGACGGAGAAAAGGGCCGACGCCGAGCUGUGCUGACAUUAAGGGAACAUACCCCUCGGCGUGGAGGGCAGCUCAGCUGGGCCGGAUGGGCGAGGCCGAGCUGGGCCGGUGCGUGGAGGCCCUGGGUCGGGACGGCUCCCUCGGACCUGAGCAGAGGCGGACGCUCUGGACCAAACUGAGACGGUCCUAUGGCCCGGUGAAGGCCAUGAGGCCUGACCAGCUCCUGGAGCUUGGCUGCAUCGUCACAGAGAUGAACGAGCGAGAACUGCAGGAGACUAACCUGACUGAUCUGGGGACAGUGGCCCAUCUGGGGUCCCUGACAGGAUGGAGCCCAAAGAAGAUGAGGGCAGCCGUGCUGAGCUUCCUGCGCCGUGGCAGGCGAAAGGUGGGGGAGCUGGGAGUGGCAGAGCUGGCAUCACUUGGAAACCUCCUCUGUGGACUCACCUCCUAUGAAAUAAAACGCCUGGAUCCCUACAACCUCAGUUUGGCUGUCCUUUUCCUGAGAGAACUGGCCCUGCCAUGCACAGAGCAACAGACGGAGGCCCUGACCUACCAGCUGUCCAGUCCCCUGGGCUUUGGACCAAUCAGCAACUGGGGCUCUGAGGUCUUCACUGAGAUUGGGACUCUGGCAGUGGGGCUGCCGGACAUGGUUCUCUCAGCCCUGGUGAGGGAGCAAAUUGAAGGCCUGACCCCAGCAGCCAUCACCCUGAUUCCCCCUAGCAAGUUGGCGGUGGUUUUCAGUGAGAGCCAGCUGUCCUGGCUGAGCCAGGAGCAGGCGUCUGCCGUGACCCGGGACCAGUGGGCUGAGCUGGGCAGCGAGCAGAGGCAGGCCCUGGUCCACGCGCUCUACGAGGGAGUCAUACAGGAGUACAGGGGGAGGAACUGGGCCACUCCAGCAUGGUCAAUCGACAGCCUGUCUGUGUGCAUAUUACAUCUGUGCUGUCUGUUAUGCCAUCUCUUAUAAAAACAGACAAAACAGCAUCCCUUCGUGUUUAUUUUCACGUUGUCCUUAAUGGAAUUACUACAUUUAUAAAAAUAAAGAUUACAUUUUUA